AUGGACGAGGCAAUGGUCCCUGUGCGUCUCAUCCCCCUCUCCCUAGCACGCACCAUACUCCGCGUUGGCAAGUCCAUCCGCUUCCUAGCCCACUGCUGCGGCGACAGGCUCGGGCCCGAAGCAGCGAAGCAGGUGGAGCGGGAGGUUCGGGGCGCCCGAGCCUCGCUGGAGCUCCGGGACUUGCCGAGGCUGGUGGAAAGGGUGUCAGCGCAUGUGGAGACGCGGCUGGUGCAGGUGGUGGUGGGGCAGUUCAACCUGCUGCACCACUGCGCUCUCAUCAAGCGCUUCAUUCUCCUCACCAACGGCCACUUCGCUCAGGUGUUGCUAGACGAGGCAUCCAGUGAGCUCAAGAAGCCGGUCAACAAAGUCAGCACCAUCGCCCUCUCAGGCGCUCUCCACGGGGCAGUGUUGGCGUCGCUGUUCUCAGGGGAGGAACCAGCUCUGGCUGAUGCGCUGCAAGUCAAGCUGGUCAGCGACAGCACCCCUGGCAUAUCUGGCUGGGACGUGUUCACCUUGGAGUACCGCAUUCUACCGCCUCUCACCGCAGUCAUCACCACAACCGCACAGCACCACUAUGCACGCCUCUUCACCGCACUCUUCCUCCUGCAGCGCACCCGCCGCGCCCUCUCCUCCACCUGGCUGGCCCUCAAGCCACGAGCUUCCAGGCUUCUGCCCCCCGUUGUCAGGGAGUCCAUUACCUCUGCGGUUUCAGGCAGGUUUGCCGGAGGUUUGGGUUCCCGGGCAGGUGGAGCGGGCAGCAAAGCCAGAAAAACAGACCCGGCAGGAAUAGGAGAGGGCGCUGCUGCUGGUGCUGGUACUGCUGCUGCGGCUGGUGCUGGUGGGGGGAGUCUGGAAGGUGGUGGUGGUGGUGAGGGGGGGGCGAGAGUGACAGGGGGGUUGCAGGCGUGGAAGGAGAGGGAGGAGGAGAAGCUACUGGCAGGGCCGGUGAGGGGCGUGCGGGGCGUGUUUGCACGCAUGUCUCAGUUCAUGCGCGUGAUCGAGACGUUUGCUGCUCUCAGGAUCGAGACCAGCUGGAAGGACAUGGUGGAAGGGGCCAAGAGUGCAACGAAUCUGGACGAGCUGAUUGCCUGCCACGAGCGCUACCAGCAGGCGCUACUGAGGGCGCUCUUCCUGGACCGCCCCUCCGCCACCCUCCUGGGCAGUGUGCGCCGCAUCUGCCGCCUCGUGCUCGAGCUCUCUCACCUCGCCGCCCGCCUGCAGAAGCACACAGACAGCGUGUUUGCAAGGUGA